AUGUUUGAAGGCAAGAUCAUGUUUUCAAGUUUUUGGAAUUUUGCUGAAAGACUUUGUCGACUCGUCAGUCUUAAGAACACUGGUUCAUUUGCCAUUAUUUCUUUUUCUUGUAAACGAAGUAUAAAUGCCCUUAACUGUCCAUCUGGCUAUGUUAUUGGAACCGAUAGUUUAUGUUAUAAGGUUUACGACACUCACUCUAGCUACCGUGACGCUUCAGCUAAAUGUCUUAGCGAUGGUGGUCAUUUAGCCUCAAUUCACAAUGCUUUUGCUAACAGCUUAGUUCAACAAUUAGGGCAAAAUGCUGGUACUGUGAUUUGGUUGGGCCUGAAUUGUCCAGACACAAACGCGAACAAUUGCCGAUGGGUUGAUGGCAUGGGCACCCCAGCGACGUACAAUGCCUUCUACCCAGGUAACCCUAGCGGAAUUGGUGAAUGUGUACUUAUGAUGAUCAGUGGAGCAGCAAAUGGUAGAUGGGUCACAGGUGAUUGUGACAGUAUGCAAAUUGGAUUCGCAUGUCAGGUAGAUGUACAAAGUUAG